GAGUUGUGAUGGAAGAAAGUACAAGUACAGUAACUGCACCAAAAAAAACGAAAAUUAAAACAAACGAAAAGAAAAAGAGAAACGAAAACAAUAUCAGUUCGUUCCAACCGAAAGAGCGUGAAGGGUUAGAUUUGGAAUUACAUCUUCGCAACCGAAUCUAACCAUUCUCUCGAUUGCAAAAUUAGGGUUUUGAGUUCUUGCGAUUUCAGUGAUGAAAGAAACCAACGGUAAGAACAGCGUUGAAAAGCUAGAUCAAGAACAAGAUCUAGGACUGUAUUUCCUGGAAUUGUGUCGCCGGAAAGUGAAAGAAGAGUUGGAAGAUUACGGCGGCGAUGAUGAUGAGAAAGAAGAAUCUCCGACGGAGCUCAACACUCUGAACAGUUCAGGAGGUUUUGUUGUUGUGGCUACUGAUAAGCUUUCGGUGAAGUAUGUGAGUGUUAAUCUUCACGGUCAUGAUGUUGGUGUUAUUCAAGCUAAUAAAGUUGCUCCGAUGAAGCGUCUUGUUUACUAUUUCGAGAUUACUGUUAAGGAUGCUGGCGUUAAAGGUCAGGUUUCAAUUGGAUUUACGUCGGAGAAUUUCAAGAUGCGGAGACAGCCUGGGUGGGAGGCUAAUAGCUGUGGAUAUCACGGGGAUGAUGGUCUCCUUUAUCGUGGACAAGCCAAAGGGGAAACUUUUGGUCCAACCUAUACCACUGGUGAUAUAGUUGGUGCCGGAAUUAACUAUGCUGCUCAGGAGUUUUUUUUCACUAAAAAUGGGCGAGUUGUUGGCACAGUCUACAAAGACAUGAAGGGUCCACUUUUCCCAACUGUUGCUGUUCAUAGCCAGAAUGAAGAGGUACAUGUCAAUUUUGGUCAGAAACCAUAUGCCUUUGAUCUGAAGGAGUUUGAAGCACAUGAAAGAAUGAAGCAGCAAGUGAAAAUAGAGGAUAUUCCUGUGGUACCAAAUGCCAGUUAUGGAAUUGUCCGUUCCUACCUGCUACACUAUGGCUAUGAAGAUACAUUGGAUUCAUUUGAUUUGGCUAGUAAGAGUACUGUUCCUCCUAUAAAUAUAGUGGAAGAUAAUGGUAUUGAUGACCAGGAAACAACAUAUGCAUUGAAUCACAGAAAGACUCUCCGGCAGCUAAUCAGGAAUGGGGAGAUUGAUGUUGCAUUUGGUAAAUUGCGUGAAUGGUAUCCCCAGAUUGCUGAGGACAAUACAUCAGCUAUGUGUUUUCUGCUUCAUUGCCAAAAGUUUAUCGAACUAGUUCGGGCUGGAGCACUGGAGGAGGCUGUCAAAUAUGGAAGAAAAGAAUUGUCAAGAUUUUUUGGGUUGCCUGUCUUUGAGGAUUUAGUUCAGGAAUGUGUUGCUUUGCUUGCCUACGAACGGCCAUUGGAAUCUGCGAUAGGUUAUCUUCUAAAAGACUCGCAGCGUGAAAUUGUAGCAGACACAGUAAAUGCAAUGAUAUUGUCCACAAAUCCCAACAUGAAAGAAGCAAAAAAUUGCUUGCACUCCCAUCUUGAGAGGUUACUUAGACAGCUCACUGCAUGUUGCUCGGAGAGACGAUCAUUAAGUGGAAAUCAAGGAGAAACUUUUCAACUUCAAAGAGUGCUUAGCAUUGGUAAAAGAAGCUAGUUCAUAUUUUAUAACAAUGCCAAAUGAUCAAAAUUGAUCUUAGGGUAUACUGUGGAGUCCCCAUCUAUGUACAUUUUGAUUUUCUUAGGUUGUGUAUAUGCAUGUAAGCUUGUAACCUUUUCAUAAUCAGAACGAUGGAAAUUAGAAAUUGAACUUUACAUGUUUUCAAGUCAAAAUAAGUGGCAUCUCAUAUUUUUUCCCCUGUUUUCAA